CAAACGAUCAAAUUCCUAUGCUCUUCUCUUUCCACUCUAUCUCAAGAGAGUCCCACACUCCUCCAUCUGUAUUUAAAACCCUAAGUUAAUUCCAGCAUUCGCUUUUAGUUCAUCAAAAUUAAUCGGUUCAACGACAAAUUGAUUGUUUUUGCUCUAAUAAAAGGAUAGAAAGAUGGUGUCCGCAAACAAAGAAAUGGUUGUAUACUGCUUUGACACACUGGUUGCGCACUACAACAGCGAAGAAGCUCCUCCCCCGGCGUUUGAUGAGGGUCAUCACCCUUUAUUUGUGACUUGGAAUAAAGUGGUGAAUGGUGGGGAGCGCCGUUUACGUGGAUGCAUAGGGACUCUUGAAGCUCGCUGUAUAGUAAAUGGUUUCAGGGACUAUGCUUUGACAAGUGCCCUCAGGGACAGACGUUUCCCCCCUAUACAAGCUAAAGAAUUGCCUUAUUUGGAAUGUACAGUUUCCAUCCUGACUAAUUAUGAAACUGCUCAUGACUACCUAGACUGGGAGGUUGGCAAGCAUGGAAUUAUUAUUGAGUUCACUGAUCCUGACUAUAACACUAGGCGAAAUGCCACCUACUUGCCUUAUGUUGCUGCUCACCAAGGCUGGACAAAGAUUGAAGCAAUUGACUUGUUGAUUAGAAAGGCUGGUUAUAAUGGCACCAUUACCGAGCAACUGCGAAAGCGUAUUCAACUCACCCGAUACCAGAGCACUCUAUUUACAAUGGGCUACAGUGAUUAUGUUUCUUAUGUCAAAACAACUAGAGGUGAUGCUCUGACUAUUAAUGGGGCAAAACCACACGAUACUGAUGGUUUCUUUACCUCCUUUCUGAGCCGGAAAGAAGCAUUUGGCUGAUAGGGAGGUAAUUCAUUUAAAUAAAGUGCUGGAUGGAACUAAUAUCAUGUUCCAACCUGCUCCUCUGAUUAUUGUUGCAACACCCAAAAGUGCUAAUUGCGUGGAACUAAUGUUGUACUGAGUCUCUAUUGAAAAGCUGUAAUUUGAAAAACUUAUUUCAGAUAUAAUAUAGUUACCAUUCUUUCA